UCGGCGCGAAGGCACGUACCCAAAGUCACGCGGACGGUCGGUCGGUCGCCACGGUCGUUUUGCGAUUGGCCCCUCGGUUCCCCAGACGCAAUCCGCAUAUUUCUUUUGAUCCCCACAUUCCCAACCAGCGAAAGCAACUCGAUCUGCAAGACAACAGCAUCUGAAGAAGCAAAGCAUCCGAUCCAAUCUCCUCCCGGCACGGCGCCCCCAUGGAUGAAUCUGACGAGCGCGGCAACGGCGGCGGCGGGCACCACGGGUACGAGUGGAAGCUCCCGGCGGCGCUGUCGGCGAACACGACGAGCGUGCACGUGACGGCGCUGGACGGGGUGGUGAACGUGAACUCGCUCUUCACGGUGGCCGUCUUCGUGGGCCUCUCCCUCGCGACCCCCGGCGAGCUGCGCAGCCUCGCCGGCGACUCGUCCUGCGACGCCGGGCCCGAGGUGGCGCGGUCCCUGCUGGUCCUGGAGGUGGUGGCCUUCUCCUCCUUCCUCUUCUCCAGCCUCGUCGCGCAGGGCCUCAAGCUGGCGAUCAACCUCAUCAACUCCAAGGACCCCGACGACACGCACGCACACAUCGACGCCCGCCUGCUCCGGCUGGGGAUGCUGGCCUCCGCCGUGGGCUCCGUCGUCGGAUGCGUCUUCCUCAUGGCGUCCAUGGUGAUGGUGGUGCAGAUCCGGCUGGGCACCCUGGGAUGCGCCAGCAACCGGGCCGCUGCCAAGGCCGCCGCGGGGCUCGUCGGGCUCGUCUCCACCGCCCUCGUCGUCUACAUCAGCACCGUCUUCUACACUUUCACCCACUGAUCCACAGAUGAUUACUGCUGAGUCAUACUACAUGAGGUUCCAUGGAUCUUGCUUGCGAGUUGCCACGUUUUUAAUUUUUUGUACGGAAUGACGAGAUGUUUUAGCAAAUGUUUCUGCUAUUGUAUGUAAAAUAUAGGAGUAUAUGGUUGCGUCGGCGUGCUAAUUAGACUUUGAUAAAACCAUAAGAAUUCCAGUUGACGAAUAGUUUGGACAUCUCAAUAGUUGUAGAGAGCUGUGAGGGGCUGAUCGCAAAACUUUGAGAAAUAAAGGCCAUUUAGAAAAA